AUGAAUUAUAUACUCUGUUUGCUGCUGGCAGCCCUAUUAUUAUUUAUUCAAGGUCUAUCAAUCAUUAACACUACAAGCCAAAGAAAAUUUGAGUGGUCAAGUUCUUAUUAUAAUCGUUCGUACCCCGUUUUAUCGGGUGAUGUUCACGAACUAUUCGAUUUCAACAAUGUCGAACAUAAUCAAUCUUUUAACAAAAAUCAACAAAUAUUAUUCGAAGAAUUUCGUCUUGCUAAGACGGAUACAUCGCCGGUACUGACACCAAUAUCAGCUUCAAAAACUGAUCAUAAAAGAUCAAAACGUGAUACUCAGUUGAACACGUCGAUACCAAUCACAACCGCUGUCAUAUCUACAACAAAAACUACGACUAUUACUUCUCUACAUACGUCGCAACUCGUUCAGCAUUCAAAUCUAACUCAGACGACAUCAGUAUAUAAUCUAUCUCCAAUUACAACUGGUGAUGAUGCAGCUGAAAGAUGGUCAAACUUACUUUCAAUGCAAGACGAAGAACUGAUUCCUGUUGAUGUGCUGUCAAGACAACUGUUGUUUGAUGUAGAUACAACUAUGGAUGGAAGUGGAGAGUGUAAGAAUUUUUACAUAUUUUCAAGAAAUCAUAUUAUAAAUAAACCUGAUGUUUAUUUGAGAUAUCAUUAUCCUUUUCAAACCAUGAGACAUGUUUUUUUUUGA